AGACUCGUAAAACUAGCAUGAAUGCUGGUUUUAGUGGAGUAAUUCGACAGAAACCCGGUGUGAGGAUGUACCUGUAGUGCUAUGUGGCUUUAUUAGUGAGUUUGAGGAAAGCUGUGUUACGUUUCCAGAGGGAAAAAUGGGAGAAGCAGAUUCACUGUGCAGGUAACUUUCAUCUCCAAAUGCAUGUCGACGCUUUCACUUCGUCGAUGGAGAAGCUUAACAGGUCUCUCCCACCCAUGGCAAUGUUUCACAGCAGUGAAUGGCUGUGGAACGAUUCAGAGCUAUCUCUCAGUCCAGGGGCAAACUCCAGCCUGGCCCCGGGUGUGGAGGAUGGGGCACGGAACUACUAUGCUAUGCUCUAUUCACUGCUUAUCCUGGCUAUUGUGUUUGGCAAUGUGCUGGUGUGUUUGGCAGUGCUUCGAGAGAGGUCUCUCCAAACCACCACUAACUAUCUCGUGGUUAGUCUGGCAGUGGCUGACCUGCUGGUGGCUUCAUUGGUCAUGCCAUGGGCUGUCUAUUUGGAGGUGGUUGGUGGUGCUUGGCUCUUCAGCCGUCUGUACUGCAACAUCUUUGUGACCUUGGAUGUGAUGAUGUGUACUGCCAGCAUCCUCAACCUGUGUGCCAUCAGUAUUGACAGGUACACAGCCGUGGUGAUGCCUGUACUGUAUAACACAACGCACAGCUCUCGUAAAAGAGUGUCAGUCAUGAUUGCCACAGUGUGGGUACUGGCCUUCGCCGUCUCCUGUCCCUUACUGUUUGGCUUUAACACCACAGAUGACCCCUUAGUGUGCUCCAUAUCAAACCCGGAUUUUGUCGUCUACUCAUCGGUGGUGUCGUUUUACUUGCCCUUCGUGGUGACGCUGCUUGUGUAUGUGCGCAUCUACAUCUUCCUCAGGAGGAGGAGGAAAAAGAUAACCUUCCGCCAGGCCAGCGGUGAAGUUCAACCAGGAUCUGCACAGCUGUCUGCUGAGACUUGUUUGCAGGAGGAGGCUCGUAAAGAAAGGCGUGACCUGUCUCCCAUCAGGAUCAAUGUGGUAAAUGAAAGCACAGAGAAGGUGGUUCGUCCAAGGCUUCUCCCUGGCUGCCUGCGACGUAAACGGCCUAGGACUGUCCCCGCCGAAAACUCUCUGCUGCCCCCAGUGGACAUGCAGAACUAUUGCAGUAUUAGCCAGGCCUCCUUCGCACGCACCGAACAGGAGCCCAACCGAGAAGAACAAGAGGGUCGAGAGGAAGACCAGGUAACUAUGAAGAGCUGUGAGGUGAAGGAAGUGUCUAACGGAUGCACUCACACAACUCUUCGGCCAGCCCCUCGAGUCACAAUGCGCACCAAUCAAGCCCGCUAUAGGAGCAUGCACUCCAGAGAGAAGAAAGCCACACAGAUGCUGGCUAUUGUACUGGGGGUCUUUCUCAUCUGCUGGCUACCCUUCUUUGUGACUCACAUCUUGAACACUCACUGCAGGAAGUGUCACGUGCCGCCCGAGCUUUAUAGCGCCUUCACCUGGCUGGGCUAUGUCAACAGUGCCCUCAACCCAGUCAUUUACACCACUUUCAACAUCGAGUUUCGCCGAGCCUUCAUUAAGAUUCUCACUUGUUGAUUUCAGACAUCAUGAGUCCAGUGACCUCUGCAACUUGGGAUACAGACUGAACCAUGAAGUGAAAGACAGCUUGAUGGACAGUUACUUCAUGCAUCCAGCAAGGUGCAUUACUUUUUCUGCAAGUGAACUUUGAACUGGGAAGUCAGGAGGCUACUGACUCAGUGAUGAUAAAAUGGAAUACAAAGCAAGUCUCGACCCUUGAAUGCCAGAACAGGGUCUGGAAGUGGUUUGAAUCACAUAUCAACAGAAUUUGAAGGCCUGAUCAUUAUUAGUCAGCCUAAAAGAAUCGUGGAUGUAUCUGGACUUUGUUCUGUUGCCGCUUUCCGAGCAUCUCCUCUCAUUUCAGUUGUCUGUUUGGAGUGCCUCGUAUGUGUUUGCAUGCAUCUGUGAGUUUGGAGUUUGGCCUCUUUGAACAGAGAUGUCUGUGAAGCCUUUGGGUCAUUGAACGUCAAAGGACAAGCGGCUGAGAAUUCUUGUGAUAAGGAAACCAGGUGGGGUGGGGGACCAUAACAUUUGGAAUGUGUUUGUAUUGUGAAUUAAAGCAAAAUGGAAUCUCUCUCAUGAGCUCUGUUCUCAUUAAUCUGAAUAAGAAACCUAGAGGGAGAGAAAGCGAGAGCAAAUGAGGACAGGAUGGCUCAGUGUGAGACAACACCCAGCGAAAGAAGGAUGGGUUGAGUGAGUGACUGAGCGAGGGAGAACAUUAAAUAGAAAGAAACCGGAGUGUGUGGAUUUUUUAAAAGGCCUUUAGUGGAGGGCUCAGCUGGAAAUCAGCAUCGCAGAUGGAUGUGGAUUGAUAGAGAAAGAGAGAG